GCGCGGCGCUGAUUGGUCAACGAACCGGAAAUGGCGGACGGGCGGCUGUGAUUGGUUGUGUCCGGCGCAGGGGCGGGGUUUGGGGCGGAAGCGGCGGCUGCGCGUGCGCGGAUCGUGCCCGGAGCGCCCCUCAAGCGGCGGAUCCCCGGGACCAUGAGCAGCUCCGAGGAGGUGUCGUGGAUCUCGUGGUUCUGCGGCCUCCGCGGCAACGAGUUCUUCUGUGAGGUGGACGAGGAUUACAUCCAGGACAAGUUCAACCUGACGGGGCUGAACGAGCAGGUGCCGCACUACAGACAGGCCCUGGACAUGAUCCUGGACCUGGAGCCCGACGAGGAGCUGGAGGACAACCCCAACCAGAGCGAUCUGAUCGAGCAGGCGGCCGAGAUGCUCUACGGGCUGAUCCACGCGCGGUACAUCCUGACCAACCGGGGCAUCGCCCAGAUGUUGGAGAAGUACCAGCAGGGAGACUUCGGGUACUGCCCACGGGUCUACUGCGAGAACCAGCCCAUGCUGCCCAUCGGGCUGUCGGACAUCCCCGGGGAGGCCAUGGUGAAGCUCUAUUGCCCCAAGUGCAUGGACGUGUACACGCCCAAGUCGUCGCGGCACCACCACACGGACGGCGCCUACUUCGGCACCGGCUUCCCGCACAUGCUGUUCAUGGUGCACCCCGAGUACCGGCCCAAGCGCCCCGCCAACCAGUUCGUGCCCAGGCUCUACGGGUUCAAGAUCCACCCCAUGGCGUACCAGCUGCAGCUCCAGGCCGCCAGCAACUUCAAGAGCCCCGUCAAGACCAUCCGCUGAGGGACCCCCAGAAAAACCCCCCAGGACCCCCAAAAUGCCCCCAGGACCCCGAACCCCCAACCCCCCCUGACCCCCAAAAGAGAUUUGGGCUGAAACGCGG